CUUCAACCCACCUUUUCCGCCCAGGAUAACACCAAUCCUGCUUACCACCUGCAACAACUCAAUCCUGCACUAGCCAGCUAAAGAGAGAGCACGAUACUCGACCUAAAAUGUCCCUUCAAACACCCCGCGUCCUCCCCGCCCACCUCCACGCGUUCCACCCCUCCAACUCAAAUCCCCACGUCACAAGCACUGUCCGCUUGCUGGGCACAGUAACAGCUCUCCGCGGCGAUACGGCGACAAUCACGUGUGGAAACAAUGGGGAUGUGGCGCUGAUCCUGAAGCCGGAUUCGCAUUUGCAGAUGGGGAAGUUGGUGGAGGUUGUUGGCAAGGUGACUGAUGUUGAAGGGCAGGGACUUGGUGUGAGGGUAUUGGGAAGUUUUGAUUGGGGCAAUCCGGCCGAUUGUGAUUAUAAGAUCUAUGAAAGCGUUGUCAAUGCGACGCAUCAGUACAAGUCGAUGUUUUAUGAGGCGGCCGAGUAAUUGAUUUUCUUUGGACCUUUUUCCUUCUUUUAUUCUUUGAUACCAGGAUGCAUCUGUUCGGGACACAUUUCGUACGCAUAGGAGCAGCACUCAAGAAAACUGGUGAUGACCGGGUUGCGGCCAAAUACGUAGUGACAUUAAAAGGACUCUCAACAUGCUUGCCUGCCAUUGUGAAUAUUUUCGUACUACUAACUACUAGUCCUACCCAUUAUGGUGCAGUUCAGGUGAUUACGAUAUAACAUGGUUAUAUAACAUACAUUAGGCUAGUACAUAGGGUUUACAUCUACUCUGGACAACGGAAAAGUUGGCU